AUGUCCCAAAGAAUAGGUAACUCCACGCUUGCCCUAACGAGGGUGUGGCACCACGUGGACAUGGCGGCUGAUCCUAGAACGUUGGGUCGUUUGGCGGCCAGUAUAGCGUUGACGUUACAGGGUAAGCAUAAGCCUACUUUUUCUCCCAACAGAGACCAUGGUGACUAUGUGGUGGUGACCAACUGUGCCCAUAUGAAGGUGACAGGUAAUAAGAUGACCGACAAGACGUACUGGUCGCAUACGGGAAGACCAGGUUCGUUGAAGCUUGUGCCUAUGGAGAGAAUGAUCGCCAAUAAGGGUUAUGGUGAGGUGUUGAAGAGAGCUGUCAAGGGUAUGAUUCCUAAGAACAAGCUUAGGCUUGCGAGAAUGGAUAGACUUAAGGUUUUUGAUGGCCACGAACACCCAUACCGUGAGAAUUUGAUUGCACACGCCGACGAGGUGCCUGCAAUGAAGGAGAAGCUCGCUGAGUUGCAGCGCCAGGAAGCUGUUUCUGCUGAGCUCAGAAGAAAGUACCUUGGCGAGUAA